AUGUUGCUUUUGUUGGGUCUGCUUUGGCUACAACGCUGCUGUGGUCACAGCCUCUUUACCUGCGAACCAAUUAAGGUUCAUCGUUGUAUGGGGAUGUCCUACAAUAUGACUUUCUUUCCUAACAUGAUGGAACACUAUGAUCAGGGUGAUGCGGCCAAUAAAAUGGAGCCAUUCAUGCCCCUAGCAACUCUUCGUUGUUCUCCAAAUGUCCAUCACUUCCUGUGCCAGGCCUUUUUCCCAAAAUGCACUGAAGAGAACAGAGUGCUACAUCCUUGCAAAGAGGAUUGUGAGGCUGUUAUGUUCGAUUGUCAGGAGAACAUUCGGAUUUUUGGCAUCAUCUGGCCUCCUGAGCUACAGUGUGACAAACUUGACUCAUGCGCUCUUCAAGAUAAUUCCAAGCUUCCUGCAACCACUCCAAUGAUCUCCACAUCUGCGAAGAGAGACUUAGGCUUUUGGUGCCCACUACAGUUGAAAGCCAAAUCUGGGCACGGUGCAUCAUUCCUGGGCGCUCCAGACUGUGCUCCACCUUGUUCCAAUAUGUAUUUUAAACCCCACGAUAUUGAAUUCGCCAAGAGCUUUAUUGGCGUUUGCUCCAUUAUCUGCUUGGGUGCCACUCUCUUUACCUUCCUUACUUUCCUCAUUGAUGUCAAACGCUUUCGUUACCCCGAGCGUCCCAUAAUAUUUUAUGCUGUUUGCUACAGCUUUGUGUCACUCAUAUACUUCAUUGGUUUCCUGCUGGGUAACAGUGCAGCCUGUAGCAAGGCAGUCCAUCCUACUAGUGUGGACACAGUUGUUAUAGGCUCUCAGAGCAAAGGCUGCACAGUACUUUUUAUGCUUCUCUACUUCUUCUCAAUUGCUGGAAUUGUCUGGUGGGUCAUACUCACCAUCACCUGGUUCCUGGCAGCUGGACCCAAAUGGAGCUGUGAAGCCAUAGAGAAAAAAGCGGUGUGGUUCCACUCUGUUGCCUGGGGAAUCCCUGGGGCAUUAACCGUCAUGCUGUUAGCGCUGAACAAGGUCGAAGGGGACAACAUCAGCGGGGUUUGCUUCGUGGGACUGUACGAUCUGGAGGCCCUGCGCUACUUUGUUAUCGCUCCCCUGUGUGUGGGUGUCAUAAUUGGGCUCUUCCUCAUCCUUGCGGGCAUUAUUUCUCUUAAUCACGUGAGGCAAUUUAUCCAACACGAUGAGCGCAACCAGGAGAAACUCAAAAAGUUCAUGAUACGCAUUGGCGUGUUCAGUUGCCUCUACUUGGUCCCACUGAUCACCUUGUUAGCUUGCUACACAUAUGAACAGAGUCAACGCAGCACCUGGGAGAACACGUGGAUUAAUGACCACUGCCAAGAAUACAGCAUCCCAUGCUCAUAUAAGAAAACCGAGCUUGAGCGUCCUGAUCUCUCUCUGUUCCUGGUUAAGUACUUGAUGACCCUAGUUGUAGGAAUAUCUGCAGUGUUCUGGGUCAGCAGCAAAAAGACCUGUUCUGAGUGGGCCUACUUCUUCAACAGGACUCGCAAAAGAGAUCCCAUAAGUGAGAGCCGACGAGUACUCCAGGAGUCCUGUGAGUUCUUCCUCAAGCAUAACAGCCGUGUCCAGCACAAGAAGAAGCACUACAAGUCAACCUCACAUAAACUCAAGGUCAUCUCAAAGUCUAUGGGCACAAGCACUGGCGCCACACCAACUAGUGCCUCAAUUGGUGCAGGAACCUCACCUCUGGAAAAUCAUGAGCCCAACACCCAGGGCUAUGUAAGGGAGCACCUGGACAAGGGUACUUCUAGCCGAAGCUCCAGGCGUGAAGAUGGAGAUCGAGAGCGAGAAGGAGGAGAGAGACGGAGCAAAGGGGGGAGUUCCAGUAAAGUUAGUUGCCAUUCAGGGAAUUUACAUAGCAAAGUACCAGAUGCAAGGAUGACACCAAAGAGUGAGCAGUCAGAUGUCAAACCAGUUCCAAUUGCGCACCAGCAUUCAGCUUUAAGUCCAUCACCAAGUAUUGAUGACGCCACCCACCAGCAGGUGCCCAAAGUGUGUGAGGAGAGAAAAGACACAAAGGACAGCAACUGCUGA